AUGGAUAACUCAGAACCGUUGCCGAUGGAGACGCCACCGCAGGAUCUCUGGUCCUCUAUUCUGGACUCCGUGUCCACUUCACGUUCAAUACCAGCCAAACAAGUGCUCGUUCUAGGGCAGCCAUCGUCUGGAAAGUCAACCUUGGUGUCUGCGCUUCUUCACAAACCUCUUAUAGAGAGUGAGAAGAAAGAUGAGCGGACUGAUUUCGCGUUAGGAUACGAUUGGGCCGACGUUCGAGAUGAUGCGGAUGAAGUAUAUACGGUGCCAUCGUCUGCGCCAUCAUAUACUGCGCUGUUAUCGCAUUUCCUUCCGCCGCGAACCUCGUUGCCACAUUCAGUAGUCAUCAUUGUCCUAGACUGGACACGACCAUGGGCCUUUGUGGAGGAGCUGGAGACAUGGCUUGAAUGGAUCGAGCAGUGGUCCAAAGGUGAUGGAUCAAGAGAGCUAGAGAUUGUACGAGAAGAGAAUCGCGAACGACUACAGGCACAUCUACAGCAUUACGUAGAACCCACUGCUGAACCACUACCUGCGACUUCAACCAUGUCUGGGACGGUACUGCCACUAGGACCAGGCACGCUCACGCAUAAUUCAACGGGCGUGCCCGUCAUCGUCGCAUGCACAAAGGCCGACCUCAUAGACGAGAAUAACAACAUUCUCGGCACUGGGGCAUCUGGCAUGGGUGGUAUGGUCAAGGGUAAAGGAGGUGAAUGGGAAGAGCGGACGGAUGGAGUGAUGCAAGUCCUGCGCACUAUCUGCUUGAAAUAUGGUGCCGGACUAUUCUAUACCUCACUGUUGCCCGAUACGUUACAGAUUCUGCGUCAAUAUGCUCUCCACCUCGUCUUCAUGCCACCAGCCCCCUCACCCGGAAUUUCUUCGCCCAUAGAGCCCACUGCUCCCGUUCGCAACCCCUUCCCGUUCCAGCACAAACCAAAUGCUCUUGACAGAGAUAGGAUCGUUAUACCAGCCGGGUGGGACAGCUGGGGUAAGAUCGGCGUGCUUCGAGACAACUUCGACCCCAGGUUCUGGAAUGAAGCAUGGGAGCGCGAUCUGGAACAUACCGAGGAGGAGAAUCAACCAGGUGCAAAGAAGAUGUAUAGCGUUCUUGUGCCAGACCAGGGCGCCAAGGCACCGCCGUUGCCACCCUUCAACAAUCCGAUCCCCGAACAGACCUUCCUUGCGAAGAAUUAUGACGAAAACUCGAAAAAGCCCGACAGAGACCCUCGGGGUGCCUUCCGGAACCCAAGCGAGAACGCUGGCGCAGGCGUCGUUGGCCCGAUGGGCAGCAGCAGCUUCAGUAUGCCUCAUGUCGAGCGUGCAUUGACGGAGAUGGAAGGAGGUGCCAUCGCCGGAGCACCAAACUUAGCAAGCGCUUCCUCUAGCGGUGAGGCCACUCGGAAGACUUCUGGGCGAUCUUCAGGCCGGACCUCAAGCUCUACGCUUACCGCGCCGCUGGCAUCCUUAGCAUCACGUUCUGCAGCGUCGUCGCCUGCAGUCGCAUCGCCGGGCGCGGGAGGACAGACGCAACAUGAAGUGCUUCAAAACUUCUUCCAGAGCUUGUUGAGCUCCAACAAAGGUAGUGCGAACGCGGGUGCUGCAGCGUCGAGAGCAGGCAACGUUCCAACCAAAGCUAAUGGGAGCGUGAACGGCCCUGAUACUGAGAAGGCGCAGUAG